AUGUCGGCGACCGAAUCGCGGCCCGGGAACCAUGUCUCGCAGGCGGCCCCCCCCAAAGCCAACCCCAAGGACUCCAUGAAGUCGACGUGGCGAUUUGGCGACCGCAGCCAGUGGACAGCGUACCACUGGGUGGUGGAACUGAUGGGCCUGUACCACUGGGAUCCGAAGCGCCCAGUCCCCGUCCACGAGAAGUCAGACAAAGUCCCCUACGUGCCGCAGUGGACGGCACAUGGCUGGAUCCUCUUCCACGCCGCCGUGCCCCUUGCCAUCCACCAGGCGUGGGCGUCGGCCACCGGGACCAACAUGCCUGCGCUGCUGGCCGUCGUCUACUACACAGCGGCGUUCCUGGCCGUCGUGGUCCUCGAGCUCCGGGAGAUCCGCCGCCUCGGCCACGCCCACGGCUUCCUCGACGGCGACGUCCACGACAGAGACGGCAUCCCCGACAUCGGAGUCGCCCGGGUGGUCAUGGCCGGCCCCAAGACGGCAGGCGGCCGCAUGGCCAUGGCCGUCCUCCUCACCUACCGCGUGUCCGAGUCGCCGGCCGACGUCAUGAGCUCCUGGAACUGGUGGGCGUGGCUGUUCUUCCAGAUCGGCCUCUACGGCAUCGUCCUCGACUUCUGGUUCUACUGGUACCACCGUGCCAUGCACGAGACCGGCUUCCUGUGGAAGUUCCACCGCACACACCACCUCAGCAAGCACCCGAACCCGAGCCUCGCUGCCUACGCCGACGAGGGGCAGGAGUUCUUCGACAUGGUCGGCGUCCCGUUCAUGACCUUUGUCACCUUUAGGGCCUUUGGCGUGCCGCUCGACUUUUACAGCUGGUGGAUUUGUCACCAGUACGUUGCCUUUACCGAGUUUGGCGGGCACAGCGGCCUCCGUCUGCACAUCGGGACCGCGUCUACCUUCGGCUGGCUGCUCAAGUACUUCAACAUGGAGCUUCUUGUGGAGGACCAUGACUUGCACCACCGCACGGGCUGGAGAAAGAGCCACAACUACGGAAAGCAGACGCGUGUUUGGGACCGCAUUUUCGGGACCUGCGGCGAGCGCAUAGAGUUGAAGGAGUCAAACAUCGACUAUGCGAAUCCGGCUCCCUUGUCGCUGCUGUAG